AUGUCAAGAUUUCACAUUGGUGUCGCCGCUACCUUGGUGGGGAUUUUCCUGGGUACAAUUGCCCAAGGUGCUCCUCUUUCUAAUGAUCCUUUAGGGGUCACCAACUUCUAUAAUUUGUUUAACAAUCCCGAUGCACAUCUGUCUUUGGCUAAUGCUCCCGACACCAUUCAUUUUAUCGAAGAUCAUGGUUAUCCAGCAGAGCGACAUUAUGUAACGACUGAAGAUGACUAUAUCGUCAGUCUCUUCCGCAUUCCAUACUCACAUAACCUGAAGAACCAGGAUGAAAAGAAGCCUAUCGUAUUCAUACAGCAUGGUCUCUUUGCCAGCUCCGAUUUUUGGCCAGCUUUGGGACCGGAUGAUGGUCUUCCCUUCCUGCUCUCUGAUGCUGGAUACGAUGUUUGGAUGGGCAACGCUCGGGGGAACAGGUACUCCAGGAACCACACUUCCCUCUCCACAAAGCAUCCGAGCUUCUGGCGCUUCAGUUGGCACGAGAUUGGAUACUAUGACAUCGCCGCUGCCAUCGAUUACACUUUGUCCACGGAGAAUGGAGAGGGUCAGGAGGGCAUCCACUAUGUGGGUCACUCACAGGGCACCACGGUUAUGUUUGUCCUGAUGUCUUCUCGACCGGAAUAUAACAAGAAGAUCAAGACGGCCCAUAUGCUGGCUCCGGUGGCCUUUAUGGAUCACAUGGAGAAUGUUCUGGUCAAUUCCUUGUCUCCUUAUCUAGGCUUCAACAAUGCAUACUCCACGGUUUUCUGCUCACAGGAGUUUCUGCCCCAUAAUGAUUUCGUCCUUGCACUAAUGUAUAGUGUUUGUCUUCCGGGAUCGAUUGUUUCCAGCUUUUGCAGCACCAGUAAUGAAACCACUGUUGAACAGGGGCGAACCAAUUCGACCGCCAGUUCCUUGACGUCUGGUUCGAUGCCCGCUGGUGUCUCCACAGAUCAAAUUCUACAUUAUCUGCAAGAACAUCAAUCUGGACAUUUCCGUCUGUUCGACUUUGGAACCAAAAAGAAUCUAAAGAUGUAUGGAACCGAAACCCCGCCCGAUUAUCCAACUGAGCUGAUUACAACUGAAAUGCACCUGUGGUAUUCGGAUAACGAUGACAUGUCUGCAGUUGAGGAUGUUCUAAGGGUGGCGGAAACUUUGCCCAACAAGGUGAUGCACCAUAUGGAGGAUCCACUGUGGGAUCAUAUGGACUUUGCCUACAACUGGGAGGUACGACAGUACAUCAGUGAUCCGAUUAUAGCCAUCCUGAACGAUUUCGAGGGGAAGUGA